AAACGGGCUGCUGGUGGCGAAGAUGGCGGAUGGGGACAGUGGCAGCGAGCGCGGUGGCAGCGGCAGCGGAGGGGGAGGAGGAGGAGGCGGAGGCGGCGGUGGUGGCGGCGGGUUCCAGCAUUACCAGCGGGAGCCGGAGACCCAGGAGCUGGCGUCGAAGCGGUUGGACAUCCAGAACAAGCGCUUCUACCUCGACGUGAAGCAGAACGCCAAAGGCCGGUUCAUCAAGAUCGCCGAGGUCGGCGCCGGGGGCUCGAAGAGUCGGCUGACCCUCUCCAUGUCAGUGGCGGCGGAGUUCCGUGACUACCUGGGCGACUUCAUCGAGCACUACGCGCAGCUCGGGCCUAGCACGCCGGAGCAGAUCGCGCAGUCCUCCGGCGGGGACGACACCGGGCCUCGGCGGGCCCUGAAGAGCGAGUUCCUGGUGCGCGAGAACCGAAAGUACUACCUCGACCUCAAGGAGAACCAGCGCGGUCGGUUCCUGCGCAUCCGACAGACCGUCAACCGAGGCCCCGGGUUCGGAGUCGGCGCCGGCGGCAUGCCCGGGGCCGGCCUGCAGGCCGGGCAAACCAUCGCGCUGCCGGCCCAGGGCUUGAUAGAGUUCCGCGACGCGCUCGCCAAGUUGAUAGACGACUACGGCGGAGACGAGGAGGAGCUGGCCGGCGGCGGCGCAGGGGGCGCCGGCGGCUACAGCGAGCUGCCGGAGGGCACCACGAUCACGGUGGACUCCAAGCGGUUCUUCUUCGACGUGGGCUCCAACAAGUACGGCGUGUUCUUGCGCGUGAGCGAGGUGAAGCCCAGCUACAGGAACUCGAUCACGAUCCCCUUCAAGGCGUGGGGCAAGUUCGGCGGCGCGUUCAGCCGCUACGCCGACGAGAUGAAGGAGAUCCAGGAGCGGCACCGGGACAAGAUGUACGAGAGGAGAGCCGGAGAGGAGUCCGAGGGCGACGACGUGGACGACGACUGAUGGGAGGGAGGGAGGGAGGGAGAGAGAGGGGGGGUGGGGGGCUACCUGUGAUGAAGCUGACAACAUGAUGCAACGUGUGGAGAUAAACGGAGGAGGGGAGACUGUUCUGUGCAUGACGAAUCGAACACUAAAAAAACGGAGUAAAAAAUUACACGUAUAUAUAAAUAUUUGACUGAGAAAGGAACUGUCUAUAUAGGAGAAGUUUAGGUGGAUGUUAUAGCUAAAUGAGUGCGGACUGCAGUAGUCAGAUUCCCCCAUUUGAUAAAAAUAUAUUCAAAUAUAUAUAUAUCUAUAGAUUGUGCAUUUUGAAAACCUCACACGUGUGUAGCCCAGCAAAUUAUGUUUUGACAAAUGCUCGAGACACACCAGUGAGGUGACCAAUAGGGUGGCCAGUGAGGUGACCAAUAGGGUGGCCAGUAAGGACUCGCACUUCCUGGUCUAAGGAAGGAAAUGGCAAAAGCUCACCUGGCGCUGACCGCCGGUCUGUGUGUGUGUGUGUGUGUGUGUGUGUGUGUGUGUGUGUGUGUGUGUGUGUGUGUGUGUGUGUGUGUGUGUGUGUGUGUGUGUGUGUGUGUGUGUGUGUGUGUGUGUGUGUGUGUGUGUGUGUGUGGCCCAGGCAGACCCACAGCAACGGCCUCAGCUAUAGGGGCAUGGGGGACGGGGGGGGGGCCUCGCAGGACAUUCUGAUCCGUUACAAGCACACAACUCAUUUUGAGUCCCUGGACAAUCUAAAAUUCCCGUCGUCCUCCUUCAUCCCCUUCCUGGGGCGUCCCCCCUCAGGUGCUCACCUCCUGCUCCAAUAGCCUGGCCACGCUCACACCGGUGGCUUGUUGCGUCUCAGGGGGGCUGCCGAGUCCCACGUGUAUUUUUCCCGGGCGAGUGGGGGGGGGGUAAUAUCAGCAUUACCUCUGCGUCAUCCUCAAGAGGUCUCGUCUCGUUUGUGACAACUGAUAAUGCAGGGUCUCACAUUUGACCCCCUGUGAUCUUUUUGGUCAAAGGAGGAUGCGCUGAGCUCAGGCCUCUCCGCACAUGGUCGCAACCCCCCCCCUGCUAAUGCUUAAUAUUUUUGGGUUCCAGCUACAGGUCUCGGGGGAAACUGACCCUGUUGACUUGGGAUUCGCUAUUUGGAUCCUUUUAAUCCCGAACUCUAGACCAUUAACGACUGAAGUAACGUUCAGUCUGAUUGUACUAAGAAAGAAUUGGUGCUUUUGAAAAACAAAACAAAAAAACACAGUGGGGUGCUGUACCUGUAGAAAAAAAAAAAAUUAAAAUUAAAAAAAUAUAUAUAUACUGGAAGAGAUUUACUUACUAAAAAAAAAAGAUCAAGUAUAGAUAGAAUUAUUUUUCAAAAGAGAUAUAUUGAAUCAUGUCUUGGAAAUGCGAGACAUUUAUACGAUAACGCCGCCUAAAGUGGCUUAUUUAAAAAACACUAAACUUGGAUGCAACUGUCCAGGGUGAUAUUUCAUACCUGCUUCUUUUCCUAACAUUUCUUUUAUUCCUUAGAGGAAAUAAAAUAUAUAUAUAUAUAUAAAAAGAGAGAGAGUACAACAAAUUGAUAACACAGUAUGUUAUAGCAAUUUCUAGAAAACGACUUCAUCGAAGUAGCUUGUCAGCAAACACUCAGCACUCCAGUUCACUUUACAGAGCAUCCAGUCGUCCCCUCGUUUCAGUCCGACACCGCCGUUAAUGGUUUUGUCUCAAAACUGGCUUCCCAUCAGUUGCCGUGCGGCGCGAACAUUAAACACCCGCAAGUCCUCGACAUUUCUGUCUUUAGUGCUCCUUUUUUUUAAAUUAAAAAAAAAUUAGGAUAACUUUUGCAUGCCUGCUCUCGCGCGGAGCUGCCUUGUGUUCUUUUCUUUUUUGCAUACUCCGAUUGCUGUAUGAUGGUAUUUAUCCAAUUUUAUUUUAUUUUGAGAGCGGUUUCAAGUUUUAUUUCUAUGUUGCAAUGGAGAGGGGAGGGGGAAAAAAAGGUUUUUAAAGUUUACUUCUCAUCCUGAUGGAUAAAAAAAAAAAGCCACGUGUUCCCCCUAUGCUUUGGGGAACGUCACCUUCAUCGUCCCACUUUCCUUUGGUGUGUAAAAAAAUAGCCUCGUUGAAUUUUACUUUGCCCACUUCAACACAGCAGAGAAAUGCCAUAUGGAAAAAAACAUAACAAAUAAACAUCUGGGAGCAAUAGUUUUUUUUCUUCUUUUCUAUUGAUAUGAAUAUACUAUAUAUAAUAUUACACAUGAGAUUGAGCUACAUCCUUCUUCCUGUAAUGUGUUACGUGAAAUGGCAGCUGUUUCAGUCGUGUGUGUUCUGCUGUAAUAUUCUACCAAGUUUCUUUCAACGAGAAAUAAAUAAUGAAUAAAAAAAGGUUGUUUUUUUUCACUCA